UGUAAAGAUGUCUGCACCAUAAAGCAAACACUGAUUUCUACAAAGAUCCUCUUUUAACCUGCAUUGCUUAAUAGGAAAUAGAGCCAUCUGCGUAUUACUUCCAUAUUUUAGAAGUUCUUUACUGAAGAAAAGCAUCAGAAAAACAGAAGCGCAAGUGACACUAAAUGAACACCAUAAUGUCUUGUUGGACUCUUUAUUUCUUUGCUAUUUGGCUGGUUUUAGACACCAUGGCAUAUGUAAUGCAGUACUACACUCCUGGGAUGACAUUGACUUUGCCCUGUAGAAUUGUGCCCACAGUCCAGAAGGCUACUUUCACCUGGCUUUUAGCUCAGAAAUCAACACCAACAGCAUCCUCAGUUACCAUAGCAGAAGUAGGAAAAAUAAAAUGUGAUGAUCCUCAGAGAGCAAAGAGACUGGAGGUGCUUCAAAAUUCAACUCUGAAGAUACAAAAUGCACAGCCUGAGGAUGUGGGCCUCUACACUUGUCAGAUAUAUGAAAAUAACAAAGGUCAACCCAUUAACACGACAAGUAUUUCUCUUGUCCUCCUGAGAAUUACAGCCUCACCUGAUACUCGUCUGCACACAGAGUCCCGGCUGACACUGACCUGCUGUCUGUCCAGCUAUGACCCCUGCACACAUUUAAGACAUCACCAGCUUUCAUGGAUUGAUGACCAGGGAGCUCCUCUAACAGGAGACAGAUACACGAUACCAGCUCAACCUCAGUGCUGCCUGCAACUGUCAAUAAAACCACUGAACUCUGAUCACAAGAGAAGCUGGAGAUGUAACGUCACUGUAAAUGGGAAGACUGAAGGAUCAGCGAGCUACCUGUCCACACUGGAAGAUGGAGUAGUGGCAACAACAAAGCAAACCACAGUGACGAGAUUACCAGAAUCUACAUAUCAAAUUACAGACAGCAACGGGUCUAUUAAUAAAGGUGAUCCAGGAAGCCCACCAACAUCAGACUCAGGUCAGAACUCAAAAUAUAUAGCAAUAGUUGCAUCAUCUGUAUCAGUUCUGGUCAUAAUGGCCUUGGUCAUUCUCAUUGUGUACCUGAAAAAAAGAAAAGGGCAGACGCUGAACACAACCAAUCACCAUGAUUUAUCCAUCCAUGGCUGUGAUGUUAAUGAUCAAGAGCAAACAUUUGAGUCCAACCAGCAAGAAAGACCAGAUGUAUCAUCCAAGCAGGCAAUGGACACUCAGGAUUUCCCUGGAGACAGUUAUGCCGUCUUACAAUUUCACUCAAAGAAAACCCCUAAAGCUGUAAAACCACAAAUAGAGAAUGAAGAAAGUACUAUCUAUUCUGAUGUCCGGACUGCCAGAUAAAAAAAGAGAGAACCUCAACCAUCUUGGCAAACAGGAUUGUAUAUAUUCCUUAGUUCGUUGGCCACAUCUCUUACAGUAUCCAUUAUUGCAUUUUGUGACUCCAGAACAGCGUCCGUCAGCACACAGCCAGAUGGUUGCCCAGCAGUUUCAGAGACAGAGGUGUGUGCACAGUGCCAUCACCACCUGGAGGUGUGUCCUUGGCACGGGGGUCAGCUUUUGUAACAUUGUCUGAAACAGAAUAAAUGGUCUGUGACUUGCCUUUUAA